CGCUGCCAGCGUGACGUAUAAUCUAGUGGACGGUUCUUCAUAAACAGCUCGUCAACCACCUCAGUAGCUUGCUAGCCAACAUAGCCGAAAGAUUCAAGCUAUUUAUACGCUUUCGGUGUAUAUUACCUACUGUGUUUAAGACACACGUAGGUCGUAUCUACUUGUUAACCUAUUUAAUAUUACGUUAUUUUGUAUUAGUCAGCUAUAGUAGCUGACUGGUUAAAUUAGCACUAGCCUAGUCGCUAAUGAUAGCUAGCUAGCUAACAUCCCCGAACAUGAGCUCCCUAAACUUCUCCCCUCUCGUUGAAGAAGAGGAGGUCUGCUGGACGGAGAAAGGAGGUCUGUGGCUGAACGUUGUCGUGAAAGAGGAGGAGAAAGAGGAGGCUGUCACAGUAAAACAAGAAGUAGAGGGUGGGGCUGUUACAGUGAAAGAAGAGGAAGACGCGUUCAGAGUGAAAGAGGAGGAGGAUGUUACAGUAAAAGAAGAGACGGAUGAGAAAGAGGAGGAUGUAGUUUUAGGUGUGAAAGAAGAGGAGGUUGGAGAUCUGUUUAACACCAGAGAGAUACGGGACUAUCGUGGAUCCUCUGGGGAGCCUCAACAACCUCAUGAUGCUGAAGAGGCAGAGAAGAGUCUCUCCAGAUCAGAACACAUCAAUAAACACCUGCAGAGAUCCACAGGGAAGAGAACUCACUGCUGCUCUGACUGUGGGAAGAGAUUCUCCUCCUCAUCAGGCAUUAAAACUCAUCAAAUGAUCCACACAGGAGAGAAACCUUAUAGCUGUGAUCAAUGUGGGAAGAGUUUUAGUCAAUCUAGCUCUCUGACAGUGCACCAGAGAACACACACAGGAGAGAAACCAUAUAGCUGUGAUCAAUGUGGGAAGAGUUUUUGUCAAUCUAGCUCUCUGACAGUGCACCAAAGAAGACACACAGGAGAUAAACCUUAUGGCUGUGGUCAAUGUGGGAAAACUUUUUGUCAAUCUAGCUCUCUGACAGUGCACCAGAGAACACACACAGGAGAGAAAUUGUAUAGCUGUGUUCAAUGUGGGAAGAGUUUUGGUCAUUCUGCUUCUCUGACUCAACACCAGAGAAUACACACAGGAGAGAAACCUUACAGCUGUGAUCAAUGUGGGAAGAGUUAUGGGCAAUCUAGCCAUCUGACUCUACACAAGAGAACACACACAGGAGAGAAACCUCAUAGCUGUGAUCAAUGUGGGAAGAGAUACUCUAGUAAAAUAUCUCUGAUCAAACAUCAGAAAAUACAUGGAGUUGUUUCAUGAUAUCAAUGAAUAAAUGUCACAAUGUAGAA